AUGAUGAUCCCAGCCAGCGUGUUCGGUAGCGCUGAUGAUGCCCCCGGGCCCGUUGCGUUUCAUAUCCUUAAGCUCCAAUACAAGACCGCAUUGGAGAACGAAAACUACAAGACACCACUUAUCGAGCUCUUGCACCACAUCCCCCAAGUCCAGGGCCCCAAGCUUCACAUCAAGAACCAGUGGACAGGCGCUAAACUGGACCACCAGUGA